AUGCUGGACACUGGUGUGAAGCUGUCAAGCGAAGACCGUCUCGGUGCUGCUACUUACGCAGACGACUUGAAGACAUUCAGCAGCACCGUGGACGGUAUAAAGCGUCAACACUCGGUCGUGCAAGACUUCCUGCGCUGGACCGGCAUGAAGGCGAAUCCGGACAACGAACUCGGGCUGCAGCUGGACGGCUCCCCGAUCCCCGCGCUCAGCGCCUCCGACUCAUACCAAUACUUGGGGAUCGGGGAUGGCUUCGACCACGUGCGCCGUCGCGUUGAGCUUGAACCAUUGAUCACCCAUCUGCACGAAGCGGCGGCGCUGAUUCAGUCCGGACUGGUGCCGUGGCAGGUGGUCAAGGCAUUCAAGGUGUACUUGCACCCUCGGUUUGACGCCACGACGGCUUCUUUUACGCUCCUGCUUCUCGUGGUGGAUUAG